AUGAUCGCGACCAACAUGAUCAAGGAUGUGCGAGUCCCUCUCAAGUCGGGUGGAGCAACUACAUGUCGAGGAUGUCAACAAGGGAAUAUGGUCCAAAAACCAUUUCGAAGCAACCGAGACAAGCGCAGCUACGAUACGUUUGAGCUACUUCAUCUGGACAUCUGCGGGCCCAUGGAAAAGGAUUCGCUCGGUGGCAGCAAAUAUUUGCUGCUGAUCAUCGACGAAGCCAGUGGAUGCAUGAAGGGCUUUUGUCUACGAGUGAAGUCCGAGAGUGAAGACUACAUCCGGAAAUAUAUCACCAUGGUACAGACGCAAUUCUGUAAGAAGGUCAAGUUCGUGCGACACGACGGAGCUCGCGAGUUUGCAACCAACUCGCUUCAACUGUUCUACGAAGACGAAGGCAUUGAACAGCAGACAACGGUGCCGUAUGCACAUCAAACAAACGGAACAGCAGAGCGUGCCAUUAGGACUAUUGUCACGAUCGGCCGCAGCAUGCUUCAUCAUGCCAAACUGGACAAGUGUUUCUGGGCCGAAGCAGCGAUGACGGCCAUCUACGUCAAGAAUCGACUGCCGUCACCUAAAGUCGUGCACAAGACCCCCGUUUGA